UUUCCUUCUGUUGCACUGGAGGAGCUGUAAGGGGGUUUCUCGACCUUUGCAGACAUACCUUUUCUCGUUCUCACUAAGAGUAUCUGCGUUUACUAAAGCAUUCAACACAAGUCUUCCAUAUCAUUCUGCGCUUUUUGUCAGGAGCUAUCAGUUAUUUUUCCGAGGUACUCAGCAUUAUUUCGCGAAGGCUGUUGCUAAGUACUCCGUUGUAGCCUCCAAGCUGACCUAAGCCGACAAAAAUGGAGGCAGAAGCAAGCAUUAGAUGAAUCACAAAAUCACCGGAAUUUCGGUGUUAUCUUCCCCGGAAGGAGCGAUCAUUUGAUCACAACUUUCCAAGACAAUACAAGGAACUUCGAAGACGAAAAUGGGGACUGAGAUUCAGGUCCGAGCUAUGUAUGACUUUGAUGGGGUCGCUGACAAUGGUGAACUCUCCAUCCGUGCAAAUGAGAUCUUGACAGUGACCAGACAGGAUGUUGGAGAUGGUUGGUGGGAAGGUCGCAAUGUGCAAGGAGAGGUUGGAUUUUUCCCUGAGGCAUAUGUAGAAACACUUCCCAGUGUUCCUCAGCCCCCAGCAAUCCCUGCAAGAAAUCAAGGCAGCUACAGCUCCGGUGGGGUUGGUGGCCAGGCUAGCAGCUGGGAUAGCUCUUCAUACAACCAACAGCAAUACCAGAAAACGGCAUACAGUUCAUCCUACAGCUAUGGGCAGACUGCCACAGAUGGUGGAGGAGAGCAAGGUUACAACUUUUCCAACUCCCAGGAUGAUGAUGGCUGGGAUGAAGACUGGGACGAUGACACAAGCAGCAACUACAGUGACAGGAGAGCAUCUCAGCAGGACCCGGAUGAACUAACGGGGGACGGAGUGUUCGGCUUAUCCGCACCCAACCGCCAGCAGCCUAGGAAGCCGUCAUCACACUCUCAGUCAAGCUCCGCAGAUGCAAAAGGGUCAGGUACAAUCCGUAAAAGUCUGAACAGAUUCACAGUGUUUGUGAAAUCAGGAGGAGAGAACUACAUGCUGGGAUCUGCCAAAGCAUCUGUAGACCCCAGAGACAAAAUGGAGGUCGUGGAGACUGCAGAUGGAAUACAGUGGGGGAAAAGCCCAGAAGUCUUCAGUGUAGAGAUCAAAAACCCCACCAAGGCCAGCAAGCUGAAAGGCAUGAAGAGUUUCAUCGCAUAUGAGGUUACGCCUACACACACAAACAGGAGCGUCACCCGCAGAUACAAGCACUUUGAUUGGCUGUAUAAUCGUUUGGUUGAAAAGUACUCUGUGAUAUCCAUCCCGCCCCUCCCUGACAAGCAGGUGACAGGACGAUACGAGGAAGAGUUUAUCCAGCACCGCAUGGCCCAGCUUCAACUGUGGAUGAACCGCAUGACGCGACAUUCCAUUGUGUCACGGGCAGAUGUCUUUCAGCACUUUCUCAGCUGUGGUGAUGACAAGAACACGUGGAAGGCAGGUAAGCGCAGGGCAGAGAGGGACAACCUCAUUGGUGGGAGCUUCUUCCUGGCCAUCGAGACGCCGUCCACUCCACUGGAUAUGCAAGAAGUGGAACAGCAACUUGACAACUUUGGCAAGUUUGUCAAAAGUAUGGAUGACAGUGUGAAAACAGUGUACAAUACAGCCCAUGACAACUCUAAGAAGCAUGUUGGGCCCUACAAGCGGGAAUUCCAAAAAGUUGGAGCUGCCUUCAAUGCGCUGAGCACAUCCUUCGAACUGGACAAUACACCGAAAUCACGUCCAUUAACAGAAGCAAUAGCAUUUACAGGAAGGGCAUACGAUGAAAUCGGCCUCCUCUUCUCUGAGCAGCCAAAGAAUGAUUUGCAUCCUUUCAUGGAUGCCCUGCAUGAGUACAGGGGCAUCAUACCAACGUUCCCCGACAUAUUACAAGUCCAUAAAGGCGCCAUGGGGAAGUUCAGAGAAUGCCAGAAGUUGCAGGAGGAGGGAAAAAUGGAAGCGUCCGAGGUGGAAGGAGUGCAACAGCGGCUAGAGACCAUCUCGUAUGCCACCCUUGCUGAAAUGAACCACUUCCACAAGGAGCGCAUCAGUGACAUCAAAGUCAUGAUGCAAAAUUAUCUCCAGCAACAAAUAGCCUUCUACCAACAGGUCACCUCCAAGUUACAAGAGGCAUUGAUUCAGUAUGACAAUGUCUAACCCACAUGCACAUUGUACAAAUACUACAAUGCACCAUGUGAGGACUCAUUUUGUACAUGUAUGUACAAUGCUUAGGGAUUGUUGACAUAAGAUAGCAGCCACAAACAUUAUCGCUGAUAACCUGUAGUCCUUUGGUUUUAUUCACAGACAAGGAGAUAACAUGUCUUGAUUUUAGAGCUACUACAUGUGUACAUAAAUGAAAUGUUUUUUUAGCUCCAACUUUUUGGAUCAUUGAGAGAAUUCUUUUGUUUUGGUUUACAGAGCUGUCAGGUAGUUUCUUAUGAUGAAUAAGUGUUAAGUUUUGCAUUUUGACAUAUCAUUACCAAGAGAGUUUAUGUUUGUAUGUUAAGCUUAUCAGCCAGCGUUGUGCCAAGAUAUGUACAGGUAAGGCUUCCAAUAUAAAUUGCUGACAUUUAUCUUGCAGAUAAGAUGUUCACCUAUCCUCAGUCUGCCUUGAAAGAUACCAUAACUGUGGGAAAUAGAUGAUAGAGGUUUGAAGAAAGUAAGUUAAGUACAUAGUUGGACAGAUCCUGACUGAAAUUUGAUCAGCCAGACUCAACCUAGAAAGCUAUUACAAAUGUAUUUUAGUUUAACAUGAUUAAAUACCUGUUCCCAGUAAAGUGAUAUGUGUUCUAGCUGAGUACUGUGAACAGCUAUGUAGGUCAACAGAGUUAGGUUGGAGCUGUCCUCUUGUGAAUUAUCAUGUUGAUAAGUUUCACAGCAGGUUAUAAUUUAUGUAUGGAUUAGGUACUAGCUUUGAAUGUGGCUUCAUUGAACUAUGAAUUAACAACUUAUAAAAUGAUUAAGGAGUUUUUAGAUCAGUGGAGGUGUAUCGUUCAUAAUUGACUUUAUAUAAUCACAUGUACAUAUAUACAUAAGAAUAGAUAUUAACUAAAAGGAUGUAAGUUUUAUCUGUAAAGGAGUUACCAAUAUGAGCUGAUAGCAGAACCUUAGAAUCUCAGAUUUAAUCUAAAUGAAUGUAUUUUGUGUUCUACCAUUUCCCUCCAGUGAGAUAUGAAAGUGUUCCACAUUUCAUUGAAUGCAGUGUUGUGGCAUCUGUCAGCCCUGUUGUUUGGACACUACGUCUAUCUCACAAGGAAGCAAAUAGGUUUACAGCAUAGCAAGGAAGCCUUCAAGGAUUUAAUGUAGUUGUAGUGUGGCAGAAAACCCUGUAGGUGAUUAAAGUCUCAUCAAGUGUACCUUUGUAUUUGCUGGGGUUAUUAAGAGAUGUCAUAGAUCUGUUCAGAAAAAUGAAUCACAGACAUCAUUGAUGACACCCACACAAGUCACAUAAACACUUUCACUUUAGACAUAACAAUCCAGGGAGCAUUCAAAGAGUCAAGCCACACCUAUUUAUCUUGUUUUAAGAUGCCUUUUGACUGCAAUGAUAUUUAAUUUUUAAAUUUGUUGUAAAGCAAGAAUGGCAUCUCAGUUGAGAGUCACUGAUUUUGCCUUUUCUUUACAAUGCUGCAUUUCAAUGUGAAAUGAACUUGCUUCAGUUAUAUAACGUUACAACAGUUAUGUUUUUAUGUAACAUCUGGAGCAGUGAUAAAACAUUAGCCUGGUAUCCAAACCUAUCAUAUGUGCUAUGCCUCAUUCCCUUCUUGCAAAUAUAUUUGUGAGGGAGGACAAAGAGACUUGGCAGCUAUAAUUGGAUACUGGGCUUAUUAAACAUAGGAGCCUAACUAAUAAGUAAGCCUCUUCCUGAUCUGUUAAGUGGGGCAAUUUUGUGAGGCAGAUACUUUGAUAUUGUUUGGUUUGUGACAUUGCAGUUACAAUACGUAGAUGUUAGAUUGAAGUCUGGUUUUCAUUAUGUUCAUAUAUAUAUAUGUUUACCUAGCAACAAAAUGUACCAAUUACAGUCAAAACUGCACAAAAGACCACUCGGGACCAAUAAAUUCUGGUCUAUGUGGACAGGUGGUUACUAUAGAAAAGAUUCUUAAUGCUUGAGUUAAUGAGGAAAAAAAUCUAAGGGACCACCAAAAAAUGGUCACAUAGGCCAGGUGGUCCUAAUGUAGAUGUGGUCACUUGUACAUGUUUGACUGUAGUUCUUUCAUAGUAGUAGAUUAUUGCCCGUAAUAUCGGAAUGUAGUAAACGAUUAUGAUGUUUUCCCAUGUGCUUUUUCUCUUGACUGAUCAAAAGCCUUGUGGGAUAUAUGAACAAUGAAUGCAUAUUGUGUAUAACAGACUGGUGUACCAUGUACCCUAAGCAUAAAGGUAGUUGUACAAUUAUCUGAUGUACUCUUAAAAACCAUGUCAAUGAGUCUUCGUAGUUAUGUAUUGGUUGCUUUACUUUAUUUCAUUUGAGGUAUUUUGUUGUGUCUUUUUGCUUUGGUAUGGUUUGAUGAACAAAUCUGGGCUAUGUGACAAUUGCAAAUGUGAAAAGUGAAAGAAUCAUAACAUCAAGUGGAGAAUGAUAGUUUUGAUUUAAUUCAAGCCAAUUUUCUUCUUACUUCAUCAGUAGAACAUUGCAAAAAGAAUGUAUACAUACAUAUAUGAAUAUUGUGUAUUUGUGGUAAAUGGCUGCGACACGAUUUGAAAAAUAUGUGUAAUAAGUUCUUGACCUAUAUAACAUACUGCCAUGAUUUUACUGUAGCUUGUUCUGUGGACUCUUUUUCCUAGACAUGGUUUUAUUUGUGUAUUUAACACAACUAAACUAUUUUUGUAUGUAGCCAAUAUUUGUGUGAGCAAUUAUGUUUGUAUGUGUCAGUAAUAUAUUUUGGUAGUACAGUAGAAAACUCUUAGAGUGAAUAAAAGCUGGAGCUGAUGUACAUG